AUGUCGUCCAAUCCCCGUAGGACGCCGGUGACUCGCUCCGGCUCCAGGGGCCUGAGCGUUAAGACCAACAUGGCCCUCAAGAAGGGUGCCACUUUCCACUCUCCGACAACACCACUGGAGUCGCCCGACGAGGUCUUCACACCGCCGUCCCUACCCCGCCGGUCACAGACCAACCUGGACGAUGUCAUCGACUCACACCGCCGUCGUGCUGCCUUGAUCAUUGGCAACAUUGACGAGGCUCUCGCAGCCCCGACGAGGGACACCUCUUCCCGGGAAUCCGUACGCAAGACCUGGCGUGACGAGACGCUCUCCCUCCCACGCAGAGUUCUUGAUCAUACGCUCGACUCGGUCAUGGUGAAGGAGCAGCCGGCCGAGCGCCGGAUCCUCCGCCCCCGCACCCGCCGCCCUUCUCGCUAUCAUGAAUCCGAUAGCGGUUUGGGAACUUCGAUCGCGUCGACGAAAGAAAAGGAGGCAACCGACAAUAAGGAGAAGACGGUGAAGACGUCCGCCGUCAAUAGGUCUGCUGCUGCUCGCUUGACGGAUACUGUGAGCGCCACUGGCCUCAGCCCUCGUGCCACCAGUCGCAUCUGCGAGCAUACCCUCAAGCCCCUGCUCGGCAAUGCCGCCUUCAAGGAUUUUCACCCACUCCUGCUCGAGUGCCCCAGGAAGAUUCAAGACAAACAAAUUGUUUGCCUCAGAGACUUGGAAAAGACUCUGCUUCUCGUCGCUCCAGAGAGAACAAAGGCCGCCGAACUAUAUCUCGACUUUUGCCUCACAACGAUUCGAUGCAUUCAGGCGACGGUUGAGUACCUUAGCGACCGGGAACAGACGCGCCCUCGCGACGUCCCUUACAGCAACGGCUACUUCAUUGACCUGGUCGACCAAAUACGGAACUACGCUCAGCAGCUUGCAGACGCCAAGGAUAAGGAGAACAGGGACGAGAUGGACGUUGAUCCCACUGAUGAGAUCAAGCUCCACGGCGGCAUCCAUAUUAAUGGGCGUCCUGCUGAGCUCGUCCGCGUUAAAAAGAACGGGAAAAUGAUUUCGAUGGCUACCGGGAAGCCGAUCGAGAAGCUCGAGGAAGAAGCUGACGGCACGAUGCGGUUCAAGCGCUCCGCCAGUGAGGAGCUUGCCGACGAAGAGGAGAUUAUGCGGUCCAUGGCUCGUCGGAAAAAGAACGCGAGCCCCGAGGAGCUUGCCCCCAAGAAGUGCCGCGAGCCUGGGUGCAACAAGGAGUUUAAACGCCCCUGCGACCUGACCAAGCACGAGAAGACUCAUUCUCGUCCUUGGAAGUGCCCCGUGCCCACCUGCAAGUACCAUGAGUACGGGUGGCCGACAGAAAAGGAGAUGGAUCGCCAUCACAACGACAAGCACUCGGCUGCCCCGCCCAUGUACGAGUGCCUGUUCAAGCCGUGCCCGUACAAGUCUAAGCGGGAGUCCAACUGCAAGCAGCACAUGGAGAAGGCGCACGGCUGGAACUAUGUCCGCACCAAGACCAACGGCAAGAAGUCAGGCUCCAGCGUCAACGGCAACUCGGCACAGCCUACCCCUCAGCUGCAGAAUAUCCCGACCCCGUCCAGCGACCACAGCAUGGGGGUGGCGACACCUCCGAAUGAUGACUGGAGUGGGGUCUACGGGAGCAAUCUCGAUUUCCCGACCUACGUCCCCAGCAAUGCGGAUUUCUCCCUGAUUCCCCAGGAGAUUACACUUGACUGCUCUCCGGUUGACAACCCUACUCCGUCUACGGAUUCUGGCAUGGACUACCAUAACUCGGCCUACCAAGACAUCGGAAACGACUUUACGCUCUAUGAGGACAUCUACGGUGCUCGCGUUCAACUGCCCACUCCUCCGCCCAUCCAGACCAAUAUGUAUCUCAAGGACAUGGCCCAACAGUUUGUGCCGUUCUUGGCUGCCGAGCCUUGCCAGGCGCCCCCCGCGCAACUCUCGCCCACUGGUCAAGGAAACGUCAUGCUCUUUACGCCGAACUCCCUAGCCGAGCUCGACGAAGGCUUCGAUGAGCACGGCGACUUUGCUGGCAUUGCCAAUGCGGUCAACGGCGGUGACUUUAUCCUGUUCCCUAACGGAGGGGCGUCCAAGCCAAUGUACAAUGACUCCUUGUUCGCCACGACCGAGAUUGCAGGCGUGGCUAACAGCCAUGUCCCACCCUCAUCCCAAGACCUGUUGAACGCGUUCAACGUUGAAUGCGAUCACCGGUUGGUACGGAUAGACGGUCUCCUUUCUACAACCUACCUGGUAAACAUCGCCAUCAUCAAACCAGACCCCCAGAGUGGCAACAACCGCCACCGGAGUCUGUCGUUGUCCUCGGGGCUGCUCCGCUAUGUCUCGCCCUACAACCGGUGCUACCCCAUCUUACGCUGCUCAUUCAGCGCCCAACAUGAGGCUCGAUCAAACCGCCUUUGCUACCCGAUUGCGCCCGACAAGACUGGCUUCACCCACACCGUCAUCCGCGCAUGGCAGCAGGACCUGCACCUGAGGCUCCGGCCCAACGACGUGUGGCUCGCCAUCCUCACCCAAUUCAGCUUCUUCGUGAACUAA